UUAAACCGCGAAGAGCGAGGACAAAAUCUGCGGUAUCGGAAUGUGAACAUGCGGAACUACAAAACCAUGAGUGAUGUUGUCAAGAAGAACUUUGCGAACAUAGUUGUUGGCAAAGAUACGGAGAAAUGUACUUUGUUGUAAAGCGAGUGUUCUAUUUGGUGCUGGUCCAUGCCGCCAUCCUGUGUGUAUGGAAUGCGGGAUAUGGAUACAAGUUUUGUCGAAUAAUCGCCAAUGUCCGGUUUGCAGGACAAAAAUGGGGACGCAACGAUGGCGAAAGAUUGGAGUUUCCCACUUCUGUGGCUUUACGACAUCAUAUGGCAAGUGUACAUCAGUUAACAUAUUGUCACAUAUGUAUAGAGAACAUCAUACAAUUUUCUAGAGAAAGAAAAACUCAUACCCGCGACGGACUUCAGAGACAUAUCCGUGCUAGGGAUAGAGAUGAUAAAAGCCUCAGAGGUCACCCAUCGUGCUUAUUUUGCGAGCAGCGAUUUUUCGACGAAGAGUUUAGAUUUCCAGCAUACGGCGCGAACCGCCCGCAGCUGUUUCAGUCGCUCGUGCGGACAAAUUUGCUGUCGUUCCGCGUGAAGAACCAGUUGCUCCAGAAAGCCUACACUCCACUCAACGAGGAUUUUCCCAGUCUAGAUCCAAGCCUUCCGGGCUCACGUUCCAAUCCUGCUCUUACGACCUUGCGUGUCGAAAACCUUCCGCGAUUGAAUCGUGUCAGUCAUUCAGGCUGCAAAACAAAGGUGCAAAACAAGCUCACCAGAAUGGUGCUGUCCCCAGUGGAUCGCGGCAACAACCACAUGCUGCUUGUGGACGGAGUUUAUUUGGGUCAAACAACCUCAGGCAAGUCCAUAGGAUGUAACGAUAUUCAUAAUUCUGAAGUUUGGUGUGGUUCCCCAUGCAUGUCACGAUCUCUUCAUUUUUCGCAACAGUCAACCUCAUUACAACUGCGGCAGGAGGGCUUUUCUUCACACGUGUGAUUGCCAAGUUCUUGUGUUUUCAUGUGUAAAAUACUUAGGUCUAUAUACAAUUUACCUUUUAGAGACUCUCUAGCGGCAACAGGCAUUUUGCAGGGUAGCCGCAGUGGCACGCGGGCAAGCUAGUGUUUUGC